GCCAAAAUGGCUUUGAUCCGUUUCAAAGUUCCGAGGUAACCUAAUAUGAAAGCCCACGGUGGCCCAACGCGGUCCUGGCAUCUCCUGCGUUUUAGACCACAAGCCGCCUGAUGUGGAGAGUCAUGUAGAGGUGUCCCAUCUGACCAGCACUGAUGACGGUUUCCAGUGAUGGCCACACAACCAGACCCAGCUGAGGAUUCAGUUGAUGACCUGGUGGACACCACUAAUGUUUUGAACUCUCUGGAGAGGAUUAUCCUUACCCUCUUCCUGGCGGUCAUCAUCGUUAUGACGGUCCUGGGGAACCUCCUGGUCAUGGUGGCCCUUUGCAAAGACAGACAGCUACGGAAAAAGAAGACCAACUACUUCAUUGUGUCGCUGGCUUUCGCGGAUCUCUUAGUCGCUCUUCUGGUCAUGCCAUUCGCUGCCAUCGAGUUGACCACAGGCCAGUGGAGGUAUGGCGAGACCUUUUGUCUCAUUCGGACAUCCUUGGACGUGCUGCUCACCACAGCGUCUAUACUGCACCUGUGCUGCAUAGCGCUGGACAGGUACUAUGCCAUUUGCUGUCAGCCGCUGGUCUACAGGAACAAAAUGACCCCGUUGAGGGUGACUCUGAUGCUGGGAGGAUGCUGGGUGAUCCCCUCCUUCAUCUCUUUCCUUCCCAUCAUGCAAAGCUGGAACGUUAUCGGCAUCGAGGACAUUAUCGAGCAGAGGAAGUUCAGCAGUACCAACGAGACGUACUGCGUGUUCCUGGUCAACCGUCCGUACGCUCUCAUCUGCUCGGCCGUGGCCUUCUACGUGCCGCUGGGCCUGAUGGUGCUGGCCUACCAGCGCAUCUACGUGACGGCCAUGGAGCACGCCCGGCAGAUCGGCACCCUCCAACGCGCCGGCUCCGCCCCGGAGUACCUGAGCAGCGCCGGGGGUGGAGGGGGCUCCUCGUCGGAGACGCACGGCGGCUCCAGCAGCAGCCGCAUCAAGAUCGAGACCAAGGCGGCCAAGACGCUGGCGGUCAUCAUGGGCUGCUUCUGUCUGUGCUGGGCGCCCUUCUUCGUCACCAACGUGGUGGACCCGUUCAUCCAGUACACGGUCCCCUGGCAGAUGUGGACCGCGUGGCUGUGGCUGGGCUAUGUGAACUCGGGACUCAACCCGUUCCUCUACGCCUUCCUGAACCGGGCCUUCCGCCGGGCCUUCCUCAUGAUCCUGUGCUGCGGGGACGAGCGGUACGUGCGCCAGGGCAGCUACGGGCCCUCACGAGCGCACUCAGGCUCGGCCAAUGGCACGACCAUCGCUCUCAGGAACACACGUUAUGAGGUGCCAUUGCCAACCCUGCAGCAGCUUCUGAAAAACAGUUACAGUGGAAACACCCAUUGCAACAGGAUGUCUAGAUUAUCUCUUCUGCCCAACCGGAGCUACAGUGACAAUGGGCGACGCAUUCUAUCGAGUGAGCUUGAGUCUCAGGACUCUGUUGGUGCUCUAUGACACUCAUACGAUAAACUGCACACAGAAUGGACAUCAAGUGUGGACUCCUCAUUCUCAGCCCUGGGCCAGCAGAGAGAAUCUAGAAGCUUCUCUUCUACUAGGAAAGGGACAUAAAGCUAUUUAAAGACAUUAAAGGACAUAUUGAAAAGACAUUAUUCCAUGUCUCCGGAUGGUAUUUAUGCUACUUGCGAGACCAUUUUUAUGGCGUUGUUGAGGGUUCUUGUGCGAUUGUGCACUGUACAACACUGCCUUGUGAAUGUACGUCAGCUUUUAAAGCCUCAACAGCAGCUAAAUGAAGGCACUUAUGUUUUAAGAGCUCAA